UAUCAUUGAAGCCACGUCUCUUUGCUUACCCAAAUCUCUCAACAUCUGAUCAUUCCCUCUCUACCUCUCACCUCUCUUCCUUCUUCCCCCAAAUAUCCCCUCAAAAAGUUUUCAAAUAUCCCCCAGGAAGAUAAACCCUAACCCCCAUAUCACGACAUGUCGUUCGACGACGAAGAGUCAUUCGAACACACCCUCCUCGUGGUCCGUGAAGUAACUGUCUACAAAAUCCUGCCUCGUUCCACCUCCGGUGGUUACAAAUGCGGCGAGUGGCUCCAAUCCGACAAGAUCUGGUCGGGUCGGCUUCGAGUCGUCUCCUGCAAGGACCGAUGCAAGAUCCGAUUGGAGGAUCCCAACUCGGCUGAGCUCUUCGCCGCUUGUUUUAUAUACCCUGGCCAGCGCGAGAGUUCCGUUGAGCCCGCGCUCGAUUCUUCCCGGUACUUCGUGCUCAAGAUCGAGGACGGCAAUGGGAAACACGCCUUUAUUGGGCUCGGGUUUAACGAGCGAAACGAGGCCUUUGAUUUCAACGUUGCAUUGUCUGAUCAUGAGAAGUAUGUUAGUAGACAGAACGAGAAAGAGGCCAGUGAGACAGAUGCUAAUGAUUCUAUUAUUGAUAUUCAUCCCGCAGUCAAUCAUAGAUUGAAGGAAGGGGAGACCAUGCGAAUUAAUGUGAAGCCCAAGCCAUCUAGUGGAACUGGCAUGCUUUCAGCUACUGGAUUGUCAGGGGGGUUCUCUGGUAGUGGUAAGCCUAAGACUUUGGGCCUUGCCCCACCACCCAGUGGUUCUGGAAAAAUUCGGUCUCCUAUCCCACCCUCUCCCAACGACCCUGCUGCUGCUUUUAUGACAUCUAAUAGUCAAGGUGUAGGUCUAAGAGCACCCGAGGAAAACACAAGACAAACUGACCCUUUAACCAAUUUUUCUCAACUAGAGAGGGAUCUUCCUGCUAGUGGAUCUGGAUCGAGGAAGACCACGGCGUCUGGAUGGGCGGCUUUCUAAUAGUAUGCGAAGCGAGAUCCUUCUAUCUGAUGUUUUGGAUAUUUGCAGAAAGAUGAAGAAAUAAAGAAAAGAGAUUAAGCAAAAAGAAAGGACAAGAUACCGAAUACUUCCAUGUUUCCAGUAUCCUAUUGAUGCCACAUCCCUUUUGCUUGAACUCGUAUGUUAUUGUUUUAUAUUAUUUAAAUAUAUUUUUAUCAAAAAAAAUAUUAUUUAAAUAUAU